AUGGGAGAUGCUGCUCAUCCUGCUCAUCGUAUACUUCUUCAAAGAGUGAAAACUCCUAAAGAAAUGAAGACAAUAUCUGAAGAAGAAAGAGAAGUUUGUGCUGAAAAAGAUAUGAAUUUAGAGAAGUUAUUUAAAUGCAGAGGAUGUAAUAAGAAUUUCAACUCUCACCAAGCAUUAGGAGGGCAUAGAGCUAGUCACAAGAAAGUGAAGGGUUGUUACGCCAGCAAAGAAAAAGAGGAAGAAGAAAUAUCGACAAAAGGAAAAUUCUCAUCGACUACUAAUGCAUUAUCUCAGUGGAAUAAAGUUUGUGGUCGCAACAAAGGUAAAAUUAAAUCAAAUGCUCACGAAUGUUCGAUAUGUCAUCGUGUGUUCUCGUCUGGACAAGCCUUAGGAGGUCACAAGAGGUGUCAUUGGCUCACGUCUUCGGGUUCGAUUUCUGAUGACGUCAUUAGCAACGUCUCCCCGAAUUCCAUACCAAAAUUCCUCUUCUCUACCGAUUUAAAAAUACCUUCAUUCGAUCACUGUAUUGAAUUAGAGGCAAGAACAUUCUCUCAAGAGACAGUGGAGAAAGAUGAUAAGGAACGAAGACAUAUUUAUAACAAUAUUCAUGUGGAUGAUGAUGAAGAUGAUAAUGAAAGUAUAAUAACUCAUGAGCAAAUUUGCAAGAUGAAAGAUGAAAAUUAUGGUAUCAAGGACAUGAAAAUGGAGGGUGUUUGUGCUUCAUGGUUGCAGGUGGGGAUUUCUUCUUUCACAACUAAUGUUGGUUGUGACGGAUCAAAUAAUUGA